AGAGAGAGAGAGAGCAGGGCAAAGAAGAAAAAGGGUGGACGAAGUAAGAGCCAAAGAGGGGGAAGGAGAAAGGUGGAAAUCAUAUCGCACGCGCGCCGAAAAACCACUACGAGGAGAAGACGACGCGACGCGAGCGAUGCUGGAAGGAUUCGUAAGGUGAAGCGAAGACGGCGACGAUCUCGAGUCGUCGAGAUACGUGAUCGGUAUCGAAUGAGUCGGUGAGCGUCGUGAGCUCCGCUCGCUGCUGCCGCUACCGCUGCCGUUGACACGGGUCCAGCGUACGUUACGCAGCAUCCCCGUUUUUCUCGUUAUGUUACUCGUGAUCGCCACCGCCGUCAUCGCCAUCGUCAUCGUUUGUCGUAGUUUGUAGAUCGUCUUAAUUGUCCCUGUUUUAAUUGUCGUCGUCAUUAUUGUCGCCAUUCGUUCUAUCGUCAGUAUGGUCCAUUCACGAAGCUAUCAUCAAGUCCUAUGUUGAUGGACGGAGAGAGAGAAAGAAAGAGAGAGAGAGAGAGAGAGAGAUAGAGUGAGCAUAAAGAAGAAAAGAAGAGUAAAGAAGAUAGGACACUAGCGAACGUAUAUUCGAAGAAAGGAUUUGACUCUUUUAGAAUUGCGAAGAGCUUUUUCGGCGUUGGGAAAUAUCUGCGAGAGUUACCUCGGAACAUGCAUUUUUUGAACAAGCGUAAACAUUCCACAAGCGUGUCGUUAAUUGGACAUGUCUUAAUUUGCAAAAGGAUCAAUAAUCGCGACGAACUGAUGGUAGAGGUGGAGGCGGUGGAGGAGAAGCACACACGACAUUAAUGUCGCAGGAAGUGAUGGGUACGCAUGAGAGAUCACCGAACGAUGCUAUGUGAACGCGAUGUUGUAACGUCGUGGGCGCUGAUGGAAUGUCUGUGGGAAAUGCGUUCUACGAUAUAACUUAAAGUGCCAUUUCAUCAUAUCCAAUAAAUAUUUAAUAAUAAAUACACAUUAUGUGGGCAUGUGCGUAACUUCGUUUUAUCGUUUAUAUAAAUGAACAUGCAAUAAUUAAAUAAUUAUCUAAUAUUUACAUUCUUCGCGAUUAGUGUCAAAGAUAAAUAUAUUAAAUGAUACAUUCAAAACACAUACAAACACAUUGGUUAUCUGCAUAUAUUGGCAGUUAUUUGUAUAUAUCAAGAAUAUAAUAUAAGAAUACAUCUGCUUGUCUAUUAGUUAAAUAUUGGAAAUAUCGUUGAAGAGUUUUUAUUCCAUGCACACAUUGUGCAUGACAAACUGUGAAAGAAGAAAUUGAAAAAAAAAAGAAAUGAGCCUAUAAGGAUCAAAGAAGGAAAAAGAAGAAAUACUAAAAUGAAUGUUAAACAUAGAUAUUUAUGGAAAUAAAAGAAUUCAUUUGCAACUGUAAAUAAACCAACUACAACAUUAUGGCGGAUAAUCUCAUAGGGCCAGAUUGGCUCUUUAGAGAACUCAGAUCCCAAGAUGGUACAAACAGGCUCCUUAUUUUAGAUUGUAGAGCUCAUUCAGAUUUUCUGGAAGCUCAUGUCAGAGGAUCUGUAUCUUUGGCUAUACCAAGUAUAAUGUUAAGACGAUUGGCUGCAGGUAAAGUAGAUUUGAUAUCAACGAUAAGGUGUUUAGACCUAAGAAACAGAGUAGAAGUUUUUCUGCAUGGAGAUAAGAGUAGUAGAGGAACAUUUGUGUUGAUUGGAGAUUCUACAGAUCCUAUAGGACACCAGGGUGAGACAAUUCAAGUUUUAAAUCGAAGACUUAGAAGCAAUGGUGGGAGUGUUGCUAUACUUGUUGGUGGUUUCAUAGCAUUUAGAGAUAAAUAUCCAGAAUGGUGUGAAUGUAGUCAGGCUAAUAUGGAAGGGUCAUCUGGUCAAGACUCUAAUGAUGGAGAGUUGAUGGGUCUUAGAUCGCUUAGGAUAUCAAGUCCACCAAUAAGAGCAUAUUCUGAUUCAGAUAGUGACAGUACGUGCGAUUCUGUUGGACCUGAAGAAGAUAAAGAUUUUCCUGUAGAAAUUUUACCUCAUUUGUACCUUGGAAAUGCAGCCAAUAGCGAAGACAAAGAAGCAUUGGCACGACAUCGAAUACAAUACAUACUCAAUGUAACGCCAGAUUUACCAAAUGUAUUUGAAAGUGCUGGCUCUAUAAAAUAUAUGCAGAUACCAAUAAGUGAUCAUUGGAGUCAGAACUUAGCCAGUUUUUUUCCACAAGCAAUUCAAUUUAUAGAGGAAGCACGGAGCUCAGACAAAGGAGUGCUGGUUCACUGUUUAGCUGGAGUGUCUCGGUCUGUUACGAUUACUGUAGCUUAUUUGAUGCACAAAUGCAGUCUAAGCCUAAAUGAUGCUUUCAAUCUAGUACGUAGUAGAAAAUCCAAUGUUGCUCCGAAUUUUCAUUUUAUGGAACAACUGCUUAGUUUUGAAAGAGAAUUAAGAGAUAGAGGAGAUAGAAACAAAGGAAAUGAUCAAAGAUGUAUUGGUGCCUGUUUACCUGGUAGCACUUGUAAUUGUCCUGCACCGAGCUUUUUAAAUCCCGUUGAUUUGGGUCUUAGUCCAGAUUCAGGGAUAGAAUUUGAUAGGUGGGCAACUAGUACACCAGCUGAAUGAGACAGGCCUGGAGGGACCCAAUACAAAUUUUAGGUCCCUCCUUGCAAAUUAUUUAUCAUGUUAAAAAGGUCCUGAUUGAAGGGUAUAGGGAAACAAAAUAUAAGUUCUAGUAUGACAAAAUAAGAAUUAGAAUCUUUAGUAUAUCUUUAUAAAUGGUUAAGGAGCAUAAAUGGAAAAGAAGAAAGAAAGAAAUAUAUUACUCUCUCUGUUUUUCUUGCAGAGAUAUUAUCUCUAUAUUUGUCAUCUAGCCGUCUUUAUUAAUACUGUUUUUUACAAUUUUAAAGCCUUCCUAUUUUUUUCUUUCUUUUUUUUUUUUAAUUCAUUGAAUACAGUGAGUGCUGGACACAAAAUGUCUUCUAUAAUAAUAAAAUUGAUCUUAUUCUUUAUAAAAUUGAUUUAAAAUAGAUCAAAUUGCUGCAAUUGUAACAGUCAUACUAUGUAUAAAAAAUAGAUAUGACUGCCUCCAUGGUAUACAUAAAGUAAACUUAGAAAAACGUUUCCCCAGAUUGUUAUGAGCAGCAUUGGAUAUUGAAAGUAUUUUAUAACAGAAAUCUGUAGUUUUCUAUCGCGUAAUCGCAUUUCGUAUAAGUGUGAUUGUAUGUUUUUAAAUCAUGCUUCCAAAAUAGAAACGUAGUAUAUGUCAUCUAUUGAAACUUAUAUUAUGUUGCCACUGAUGUUAGAAUAAUUUUCUAUUUACAGUUUUCCUUCAUAAUUAGGGUCUAUAUUUUAAUAUUUUUACCCUAAACCCUUCAAUAAUGUGGCUGUGUUUAUUUUAUCAUAGAUAAUGUUUUUAGCUAUGAAAUAUUCUUUAAUGAACAAAUUGCAAUAGAUCAAUCACAAUCUGUAGUUAAAAUAAACAUCACUGUUUAAUGUACUAAGUUGGAGGUACAAAAUUGAAAUUGAUGGUCUUGUACUCAACUGUUAAGCUGUGUAAAGUAAUAUGAUACUCAAAUGUAAUUUUUUAUGUAGUUUUU